GCGAGUUAGUGAAAUUCGCCAACUUUCAAAAUGUGGUUCUACCUCGCACUCGCUGCGGCCUUGCUGGCCUACUCCUGGAUAUCGAAGCGGUACUCGUACUGGACGGCCCGCGGAGUUCCGACCGUUAACGGUGUUUUCCCGCUGGGAAACCUCGUGGGCAUCGGGCGUCGGCACAUGGCGUUCAUGAUACGGGAUUGCUACCGGAAGUUGAAGACUUCGGGGAAAAAGUUUGGUGGAAUUUACUUCUUCGUGAAUCCCGUGGUGCUGGCGUUGGAUCUGGACUUUGUGAAGGACGUGCUGGUGAAGGACUUUCAGUACUUUCACGAUCGUGGGGUGUACUACAAUGAGAAGGACGACCCGCUGUCGGCGCACUUGAUUAGCUUGGAUGGGUCCAAGUGGAAGAACUUGAGGACCAAGCUGACGCCGACGUUCACAUCUGGGAAGAUGAAGAUGAUGUAUUCGACGAUUACGGCGGUUGGUGAGAGGAUGCAGGACCACUUGGCGGAUGAGAUAAAGCCUGGGGAUCCGAUUGAGAUUCGGGACUUUUUGGCGAGGUUCACCACGGAUAUCAUUGGGAGUUGCGCGUUCGGGCUGGAGUGCAACAGCUUGGUUGAUCCGGAAACCAUGUUCCGACAGAUGAGUCGAAAGGCGUUUAUUACGACACCGACGCAGUUUCUGAAGGCCAUGUUUGGGUUGACGUUCCGCGAUUUGGCUCGUAAGAUGGGCUUGCGGCUGUUCCGGAAGGAUGUAAGUGAGUUCUUCAUGGGUGUUGUUCGGGACACGAUUGAGUACCGGGAGCGUAACAAGGUGAACCGGAACGACUUUAUGGAUCUUUUGAUCAAGCUGAAGAACGCUGAACCGUUGGAGGAGGGGAGUGACAACUUGGGGCCGUUGACGUUCAACGAGAUUGCGGCGCAAGCCUUUUUGUUCUUUUUGGCUGGAUUUGAAACUUCUUCGACGACGCUGUCCUACUGCAUGUACGAGCUGGCAAGGAAUCCGGACAUUCAGGACAAGGCCAGGAAGAGUGUUAGUGAGGUCCUGAAGCAGCACGGUUCGAUGAGUUACGAGGCGGUUCAGGACAUGAAGUACCUCGAGUGCUGUAUCAACGAAUCACUCCGCAAGUACCCACCAGUGGCAAACAUCUUCCGAGACAUCACCAUGAACUACAAGGUUCCCAACUCCGGAGUCAUUCUGGAAAAGGGCUACCGCGUAGCGAUCCCAGUGUACGGAAUCCAUCACGACCCGGAGUACUACCCGGAUCCGGAAACCUUCAACCCGGAUCGCUUUACCCCAGAGCAAUCCACCAACCGUCAUCCGAUGGCGUUCCUGCCCUUCGGAGAAGGUCCCCGCAACUGCAUUGGCCUUCGGUUCGGAAUGCUCCAGACCAAGGUUGGGCUGGCCUAUUUGCUGCAAAAGUUCCGCUUCAAGCCAACGGCCCGCACUCCGAGUCCGCUGAAGAUUGCGCCCUCCAAUGUGAUCAUGUCGCCCGAGGGGGGACUGUGGCUGAAGGUGGAGAAGGUCGAGUAA